CCACACAUUGUAUUCGAAAGCAACGCAUAAGAGCUGUGAUAUUCUUGGCAACAAUUAAAAUAGCAGCAAUUACAAUGCAAUGACAGAAUAUUUCCACUCAAUUUUGGGUUGCGAUGACUAAUCUGAUCCAUUUCUGGUUGUGAUGACAGCCAGAAACUUCAAUCAAGAUUUUUCAUGUAGACUUAACAAUGAAUUUAAACUUCUUUACUGCUCAUGUAAUGAUUGGGGCUGGAAUGUCACACACCUGAAUGAAUCAGUGAAUCAAGACAAAAGUCACGUGUUGUAGAAUGUGUGAUUUUGUCAGGAACGGAAAAUGAAACCUUUAACAGGUGUUUAGGUAUAGACAAAUGACGUGUAAAUGUAAACUACAUGUUCACAUUUACAUUUGGCAGAUGCUCGGGAUAAAAGAAACUUACAAAAGUGAGGAAAACAAUAGUCAUUCAUCUUAAGGGAGGCAAAAACAUGUUAGCGUUAUAGGCAUCAUCAACUGAUAGUGGGAAAUACCCUCUCUUGACAUUACUUUUUUCCCCAGUUCUUUAUUGUACAUGAAAUAAUUGUUUAAAACAAUUAUUAAAACAAUUCAAUUAAACAAAAUAUCAAAUUAUGGAAAACAACUAUAAACCAUCAACGCGUAUAAACCAUCAAUGUAAAAAAACUUGUAAUGAUUUAAUGUUGAUCAUAGGAAACAGGAAUUAUUAUUACAUAACUUUAGUUUUAUUUAUUGGCCUUUUUGGCAAGCAUGUAGCCUAUGUACCAUGUUGAUUGAUAAUUUCUCAGGAUUUACGUAAGUCUACAAUACAAAAUGGAAAAUGAAAGUUGCCAAGCAAGUCUUAGGAAACAAAACAUUGUUUUGAGGCGGGACAUAAAGGAAGCUUUAAAAUGCCUCUUCACUGAGCCACAACUGCUAUUUGAAUUUGGUGCACUUACCAGACUAGAGAAAGAAAACCUGUAAACGAGGAAAGAUCUGAACAACUCGACUUGUGAUGGAGCUAACAGUUACAGAAUUAAAUGGAAACUCACAACGUCUGACUGUGGACCACAAUGCCACAGUUGGUGAACUGAAGCAGCUCAUUUUGCAGCAUUUCAAUGUGAAUCCUUCUCAACAGCAGCUGUCUACAAAUAAUGGUCAACGAAUCAUCCUUGACAAUGAUUCCAGACGACUAAGUGAAGAUGGUGUGACCCCAGGGUCCACAAUAGCGCUCUUAAGGACCCCUCGACCUAUGCAGGUGUUUGUCAGGAAUGAGAGGGGCAUAACGAGCACCUACGAAGUUAAUCCCAACGAGACAGUGGAUCAGCUCCAGCGUAAGAUCUUCAAUAAAGAAAGAGUCCCGCUGGACCAGCAGAUACUCAUUUACAACGGCAGGCAACUGGAGUCCGGCAGGAUGUUGCAGGACUACAACAUCGAAGAUCUAAGCACCAUUCACAUGACUCUCCGUCUCAGAGGAGGAUAAUGGAGACAAUAAUAAUCCUUGUGUAAUGGAUCUUUUUCAAAUUUAGAUGGUGAAUUGAAGAAUUAAAACUAAAGCACUUUAUGUCACUUCUGUGUCUUUAAGUAUAUAUUUCAUACCUGGUGGCAGCUAAAUAUUGCGUUUUCUGUUCAUGUAAGUUAUUUAUUUAAUCUUUAAAUAUAUGGAGUGAAUUUAUUUAUGCAAUUCCUGUGUGUUUUCUGUCUAUUUGUAUGUUUUUAUGCUUCAUCAAUAAAAUG